GCUGCUGAUGUCCUCGUGGUGCUGGAUCAGUCCUCCAUGUGCCCUGCUGCAACUUCGAGUCAGACCCAGACUGGACAGAGAGAAGCCCGAUGGCAUCAGUUGGCAUGGUGGAUUAGGGCGUCACAGAUCUGUCGGGUCAUCAAGUCUGCAUUUUCCUGGGCAUCCCAGAGACAGGCGGUCUAGGUGGCAGCACAGAGAGAACAAGAAUCCAGGUGCAGGUGUGGGAGGCUUGCAGAUGCACUGAUGCAGUGGCAGCCUGCUUGACAGAGAGAGAGAGAGAGAUGUGCUAGUGCUAGCUAGUUGAAAUGAGAAGUUGCACCUCGACGACACGGUCCUGCAGGGACCACCCUUUCCCGGCUCUGUCAAGAAGCCUGGCCGCUGGCUGCUGUUCGGGCUUGGUGGCACCCGUCUCAAGAGCAGUCCAAUCACGGGCAGCGCUCAAAAAAGGAAGAGCAGUGGGAGCUGUCCACCCCUCCCCCUCAUUGACCACCCCCCCUUGGGGCUGACUGCGAGCUUGAUAAAUAGGGUACCUCCCCCGCCCUCCACGGGCAUGGCAUGUGCUUGCUACUACUGUUCUCGAGCUCUGAGCCUAGAAAGUAAACCACCGGAAGCCACCAUCGACCAGCGUCCGCCCCGAAUGGCAGUAAUGACAUCGCAGCACGAACCCAUCGCUCUGGACCAAAAGUCGCAUUCGCUGGACAUGGCUGGCUCGGCAGCGACUGCGCUCGCCGAUGAACGCAAAGGCCUGGAGGUUAAUGGCCAUGCAACACCCGUCGACGGUCCCGACGCAGCCGACAGCGCCACCGCAAAAGCCCAAGACGGCGCACCAGCACCCAAAGACGAUGUGCAGAGCGCCGGAUCUCCAGAGCCAAAUCAGAACCAGAACAAGGACGCGUACGCGACCAACCAACACAUAAGCGCCAUGACACCGCCCGCAGCCGAGUCGGCAGACGCGGUUGAUUCAAAGUCCAGCAAAGAUGCCACCGAGAGUGAGGCCAAGGACACAGAGAUGACUGACGCACCAGCUGCACCAGCCGAGUCCGCCCAGGCGCCUUCGCCCCCGGCUGAACCUGCUGCAAAGUCGUCUUCUACUGCUGAGCAACCUGCAGAGCCUGCGCCUCAAGAGCCCGCCCAACCCGCGGAGAACAGCGCGUCGGCUGAAACCUCCUCAACGCCAGCGCCACCACAACCGGCUGCCGAAUCGACCAAGGAGAUUGUAGACACGGGGGCGAGCAAUGGGAAUGACAAGGAAAUGUCUGAGGCACCAGUAAGAGAGCCAGAGGCUAGGACAGAGCAGGGAGAGAACACUCAAGCGACUGCGGAGAGCGAUGCUAUCUCUCCAGACGCUGACACGCCCAAAUCCCCUAAGACGCUAUCCCAGAAGGCAGAGUCCCCAUCCGUGGUUGUGACAGUCGACACUAGCAUGACUGAUGCGCCAUCGCAGGCCUCGGCAAAGAAUGCUCGAGAACGGGAGGAGGAUGUUGACGACGAACCCCUUGCAAAGCGUGUCAGGACCUCAGGAGAAGAUGGCGCAAAGGCGUCGCAAUCGCAGCCUGCCUCGUCCGGUUCACAGGACGCAAUGGCCAUAGACCCACCUUCUGAGGCUCGGGCUCCCGCCUCCGGCUCCUCGACACCAGCAAAACAAGUGCCGGCUGGGGCGUCUGUGCCUCUGAGUGUGAAUGGGAAAUCUCGCAAGUUGAAUGACCCGGCGCUUGCCAGCAAUGCCAUCACGGCCUAUCAGAACAGGGAGAUCAAGAAGGUCUUGGCUCUCGUGAAGAAGACCAAGAGUGGGCAAAUGUUCCGGUCGUCAGUGCAGACACUGUGGCCAGGUGUCUGGGAGCAGUACCGUUCGCUGAUUAAGCGUCCUGUGGACAUCAGCUUCAUUGAACAGAACCUGCGUGACAACAAGUACGCAGCCAUGGCGGACUUCCGGACUGACGUGGAGCUCAUCAUUGAGAACGCCACCAAGUUCAACGGGUCCGACCAUGACGUGACGAGGGCUGCCAAGGCCACAGUGGACGGCAUCUACAUCAGGCUGGCAGAAGUGCCCGCUGAGGAGCCAGCGAAACCCGUCAAGCAGGAUGUCAAGCAGAUGCCUACACGGCACGCCGAGCCCCGACACCACCAACCACCGCCCCCAAAGAAAGAGUCUCGCCCUGCUGCAAGCUCACCCGCAGAGAAGGUGUCUGACUCACCCGUUUUUGCUGUGCCUGCCUCUGGUGUGCCCACUAUCCGCCGAGAUAGCACGAAGAAUGCAGGGGACCGACCCAAGAGGCCCAUUCAUCCGCCCAAGAACAAGGACCUGGGUUUCCAGCCGAAGAACACCAAGAAUAAGCGCAAGCCUGAGAUGAAGUUCUGUGAAGAGGUUCUGAAGGACCUGAAAUCCAACAAAAACUGGGCACUGAACCAAUACUUCCUGGAACCCGUGGACCCAGUUGCCCUGAACAUCCCGACUUAUCAUAGCGUCAUUAAGCAGCCGAUGGACUUGGGUACCAUGACUGCGAAGCUGGAUAGCGGAGAGUAUGAGUCGGCCAGUGCGUUCAAGGCCGAUUUCCACCUCAUGAUCAAGAACUGCACCAAGUUCAACCCCGAGGGCCAUCUCGUCCACACGGCAGGCAAAGAGCUGGAGAAGCUGUUCGAGAAGAAGUGGGCGGAGAAGCAGGCUUGGAUGAGCAAACAUGCUCAACCAGCGCCGCCUGCAGCAGCCGCGACUAGUCCUCGAGGUGCUGCCAAGCAUGAGGAGGAGGAGGAGGACGAGAGCGAGCCGGAGCCGGACAACACCGUUGAUAUCCAGGAGCUUCAGCGCAAGUUGGACCAUGCCAUAACGCGGCACAAGAAGGAGCAAGACGAUCUGGACAAGCAGCUCUUCUCCGACAACCCGGAUUCAGCCUCCAUCGACCUUAGCCGGACGGUCAUCAAGGCACUGCAGGACGAGAUCAUGAAGAGGCGGGCUGAAUUGAAGGAGGCACGAGAAAAGAAGCCCUCGCAGGCCAGCAAGCCGGCCAAGAAGAAGGCGGCUGGUAGUGCCGGUGCCGGGCCGAAGAAGGUUGCGAACGCGGGCCCACCCAAGAAGGGCGGUAGCGGUCCGGCCAAGAAGCCCGCGAAGAAGAGGCUCACGGACGAGGAGAAAGAGAUUGUCUCCGAUGCGAUCGGCAGACUUGACGGUAACAGCUUAACGAAAGCUAUUGACAUCAUUAAGAAAGAUACCAAUUUGACCGAGACCGACGAUGACGAACUGGAACUGGACAUGGAGCAGCUCAGCGACGAGGCGCUAGUCAAGCUGUUUGACCUUGUGCUCAAGGCAUUCCCAAGUUAUAAAGACCAGUUGAAGAAGUCAGAGCCUGCGCCGGCCCCGGCUCACAACUCGCACGCUGCAAAGACGGCGGCGAAGAAGAAGAACAAACCCAUGGGCAAGGCCGAGCAAGAGCGCAAGCUCGAGCAGCUGAAGGCACUCAAGGACUCGUACAAGCGGCCUGGCAGCGGUAGUCAGGAGCCAGUGCCAUCGAUCGAGCCCAACGAGACGGCCCAGGCCGGCCAUCGUCAUGAUGACAGUGACGAUGCUAGCUCUUCGGAAGAGGAGUAGCUGCUCUUCAACGGCAGAUUGCUUGGCAUGCGGGUUCCCGAGGACAAUUGCGUCGCCGAACCUGGACGACAGGGCGGAGGUACCCUUCUUGCCGGGCUUGGUCUUGCUGAGCUUUUCAGGCCCGCCAUGAGCCCUCGUGGAGUGGGAUCCGACUUAUCCAUGGAUGGUACCACGAGGUGGCAUUUGGAGACGCCUCGGACAGGGUCGCUCACAGCUGGGGCCCCUCCAACACCGUGUAGAAAUGUUGUCCAUACCCAUGUAUAAUAGUUUCGUCAGCAGGCGCACCGCGACAAUGCUCAUAGAGCGUGAUGAUGGCGUUCGGGGGAGCUGUCGCUGAGCUUUGGGUUUCCUCCUUUUCCCGUUGGGUUCCCGUUGGGGCCAAAGGUGCGAGACGUUGAUGAGUGAUGAUCAAAAAGGGAACAUAGGCGUAGCAUUCAUAGUCUGCGCAGCAUGUUUGGCGCAUCGAUCGGCUCAUACCCUCACGGGGCGUUUUAUGCGGGAAAAGAGGCGACAUUCGAGAUGGGGCUUGCCGCUCGUCGAGUGGUUGGUUGGUUGGUUGAGAAGAAAAAAAAACACAGUUAUUUGAUCAGCAAUGAUCCCUCGUAUCUGCCAGUGUGUGUUUCCUUCUGCCCCGUGGCAAGGCGUGUUUCAGACGGCACUCUCGAUCGUGACUUGAUGGCGGAAGGGAGUCAUCCCCUUGCUGCAGUGCAUUAUUGGGAAAGCUGGCGCAUGUGCGCAGGUAGUCUUGGCAGGCAUCUCUGGAGAGGACCGGUUGGUUGCUUCGAGGUCGAACUUUUCUCGUCCAGCCGAGGGCCGGGAAGGGGGGUUGUGAUUCGCAUUGGGGGACAGCCGCUGUCUCCUCAGGCGGCACGCAUGCGUCAGACUGCAGCGAGCCGUUCUGCCCGAGCCCUGGCGGGUAUCUUCUAAAUCCCUGGCGUGCUGGCCCCUGGAGGGGGGCUGUGCGACCUGUGACAAUAUGAGGCGUUGGAAGGCGUCAGGAGGCAUGUCGCACGCAGUUGAGACUCAACAGAGUUGUGGUUGUUGUUGUUGUGGUUGUUGAACCCGUCAAGGGAUCGUGCUGAGAAAUGGUCUGAAGCGCCCGGUAGCACUGGGUGUGAGGUGAGGUGACAAUUUCCUUGACCCCAUCUUGGCAGCUAGGGCGUGGGAGAUUUGCGUCAUGCUCCCUCCCCUGGCCUCCCGGGCCUGGGAGGUGCUGGAGAUUAUUAGGGGGGUUUCUGCGGCCUGAGGCCUGAGGUGCCAGUUGGGUCUGCCUGUCUGCCUGUCUGCCUGUCUGCCUGUCUGCCUGUCUGCCUGUCUGCCUGUCUGCCUGUCUGCCUGUCUCGUUGGAUCAAGAUCUGGAGGGGAGAAGUAGGCAGGUGGUGGUCAGAAGAAGGAUUGGUUGGCUGGUGAUGCCUCUCUCUGGCAAUGCUGCCGGGCCGGGAGAGGAGGAGAGGCGGAAGGGACAGUGCCAAAGGGAUGGAUGGAUGGAUGAAUUGCGUGUGGUCCGAAUGGCUUGACAAUCAGGAAGACGACAUUGAAAGAAAUUUGGGUCAAGAAGAGGGGGCGGGAAACAAGAUGGUGUGCAGUGCACAGUUGAGACCAGCCGGCACGUCCAGGCCAGGCCGGCUCACUCAUUUCUUCAUUAUGGGCUUUGUGAAAAGUGAUGGAUUUGUGAUGCCUGGUGCAAAAGAAGCGGGGCUGGGCUUGGGUUCAGGUUGCCCCG